AGCCUGCAUAUCAUCGAAAUAUUUGGAGGCUCUUCAUUGGCUGAGGCACGUAAUAGCCCAUAUCUUCCCAGCGAAGCCUUCAAUCAAAAUUCCGGCCACGACGAUUUGUUCCUUUACUAGUGGGGGUCACUAUAAUACUGCGUUUGUCAACAUUAUGUACAAAAUUCGUCUGGCAGGAGUGGGGGGAAUCGGCCCGUUUCGCCCGAUUUGGGCGCUCUUCGCGGCGGUGCAGUGCUGGAGGCCGGCGAAGGCUGAGCCUCGCGACGGCCGGGCAGCUGUGGAAAGACUUUGCUGGAGACGCCCUGAAGCGGAAACGUCCGCCAGAGCUCUGUGGCGGGCCAGCGGAAGAAUCGGCGCUUACGUCUCGGGUUUAGUGCAAGGCCUAAACUCGCCGCCGCGCUCUCAGCGCUCCGGUUCUGCGCUCUCAGCGCUCGAGAGCUGAAGCAUAACUUGUCUACACCUCUAUGUAGAGACAAGCCAUAUUUUACAUUUUUCCUCGUUGACGUUUUGUUUUGUACGGGAAGGUGGAGAUUAAUAGACUCGGAUUCGGUUCUGGCUGGAUGCCAACUUGACAGUCCACCGGAGAGUCACCAAUGAACGAAAGCCGAUGUAUAGUAGAUUGGGGGGGGGUAAUGAGCCGCACUCGACUCAGUACCUUGCAGUAGUCUAUUUUUCUGCGAUGUUUUUUUGCGGUGGUUGCAGUCGAUUAUUUUGAAUUUUGAACUUGAGUCAUGAACAAAAAAUUCUAAGGAAACGAGGCUCUUGCAACGAACGGCCGUAGGUGACACACGAUACCACACCCUGGACCAAUUUUCAAAGCUCGGUUGCUCCACACCACACAGAGUGGCGGUGCCGAUAAUGGCGGUGUGAGAACCGUCCCGUCGAGAACUUUCCGACAACGUCUUGCUGGUACAGCUUUACAAUCGAUACAAGGCUGCAUUGCCUCAGUAACCU